GGAAGUCAAGCAUGAGAUGACUUGACAAAGAUAAGCAUGAGAUGAGCUCCCUAUUUAGCGGGGGUUUGAUGUUGGUGAUAAAACACUUUUUACGUGUUUAUCAUUAUUCAAUACACCAAGAGACAUGAUCUUCAUGCGUUGACGUAGCGAUUUAGAUAAGCAUGAGAUGCGUGUAAAAGGAGGGAAAAAAAAAAGGUAAGUAUGAGAUGACUUGAGAAAGCCAGGGAUGAGAUAAGCUCCCUAUUUAGCGGGGGUUUGAUGGUGGUGAUAAAACACGUCUUACAUGUUUAUCAUUAUGCAAUAACCUAUUUGCUACCAACCUGCAGCUUAUUUUAAUGGUGGAUUUCUCGCCAAGGAGUGGUCUAAAUAUUCUUUUGUCCCAUUCCUCAUUCCCUUCGUCCUCGUCCUCCUCUGGCCCCCAUCCUCCUCUUCACUGUAAUCCUUGUUUCUGGGUCUCUUCGUCCUUCUCGUGGUCUCGUGGACAGGACUAGAACGAAAACGUCAGCAUCCACCUUUGUUCAAUAAACAUGUUCGCCAGCAUGAGGAGAUUCGGAAGGUGGGUCUCCUUUGUUUCCAAGAGGGAGUUUUCGAAUUCCUCUUGUUUUGAAAAGGGUGCUGAACGAAGCCCGAAAUCAUUAAACCUUUAUUCGGCCAUCAACCAAGCUCUUCACAUUGCGUUGGAAACUGAUCCACGUGCUUAUGUUUUUGGAGAAGAUGUAAGCUUUGGUGGGGUAUUCCGUUGCACAACAGGAUUAGCUGACCGGUUUGGUAAAAACAGGGUUUUUAAUACUCCACUGUGCGAACAGGGCAUUGUUGGAUUUGGCAUUGGUCUGGCAGCAUUGGGCAAUAGAGCCAUUGCAGAAAUCCAGUUUGCAGAUUAUAUUUAUCCUGCUUUUGAUCAGAUUGUCAAUGAAGCCUCUAAAUUCAGAUAUCGUAGUGGGAAUCAAUUUAAUUGCGGUGGGUUAACAGUUCGAGCUCCUUAUGGAGCUGUGGGCCAUGGCGGACAUUACCAUUCUCAGUCCCCUGAAGCAUUCUUUUGCCAUGUUCCUGGUAUCAAAGUGGUCAUUCCUCGAAGUCCACAACAAGCAAAAGGGUUGUUGCUAUCCUGCAUUCGAGAUCCAAAUCCUGUUGUAUUUUUUGAACCAAAGUGGCUUUACCGUUUAGCUGUUGAAGAUGUGCCAGAAGAUGAUUAUAUGUUGCCUCUAUCUGAAGCUGAGGUGCUGCGAGACGGUAGGGAUAUCACACUUGUUGGAUGGGGAGCUCAGUUGUCUAUAAUGGAACAAGCUUGUCUGGAUGCUGAAAAAGAUGGAAUUUCGUGUGAGCUGAUAGAUCUGAGGACACUUACACCUUGGGAUAAAGACACAAUAGAAGCCUCUGUCAAGAAGACUGGAAGACUACUCAUUAGUCAUGAAGCUCCGGUAACAGGUGGUUUUGGUGCUGAAAUCUCAGCUUCCAUUGUUGAACGCUGCUUCUCACGGCUAGAGGCCCCUAUAACAAGAAUUUGCGGUCUGGACACCCCUUUCCCUCUAGUUUUUGAACCCUUUUACAUGCCCACCAAGAAUAAGAUAUUGGAUGCAAUCAAAUCGACGGUAGGUUACUAAGUAUAUUGAUCCACUUUGUUUUGGCUGUUGUGUAUAAUCUAAUAGCAGUUGCGUGCUGGAUCAUGGUCAACUUAAUGAGCUUGACACUAUUAGAAUAAUACUACUCAUUCUGUUAUAGAAUUAGUAUCAUUUGUAUGGUACAAUUAGAUUUAUCUAUUUGUGGAACUAGCACAGCAAGCACAAGAUGAAACUAGUUGCACUCCGCAGCACGAAUGAUGUGACAUCAUCAUCCUGUUAAACUACCGUUACUUUUAUGUUGGAUUUAUGACGUAGCAUUGCACAUUUGCACUUACCAGUUA